UUUCACUUUGUUAUAAACUUAAAGAUCAUUGCAAGCACCAGGUUCAUCUGUGCAUUUAUGCUAUGAACCCCAGUAAUUUGAUUUUUGCUAAGUAUAAAGCUGCAAUUCAAUGGAUAGUAAGAUUAAAAUGUGAGAUAGAAGAUAAAAGGGUUGAUAGAUGCAGAGUGCAUGAAUACAGUGAUGCAUGGAAUGUAGACGAUAACUUUUACCCUUGUAGUAAAAUAGGGAUAUGUACAUUAGUGAAACAUUUUAAAGAGCUCAGGUGUUCAAAACGAUUAUUUAAUUGCCCAGUAGUUUAGGAACUAGUAGUACAAUUCACACUAUUGUAAUUGUUAUCUAAAUUAAGCUUUGCACAUGUACUUUGGGCAACAACUUGUGUUUGAAGCAUUGGUUGGUGUUGAAUUAGAUAAAAACUUACUAUCUUAUCUUUAAGCUACAAUCAUCUCCCAACACAAUCUAAAGCAAAUUUUGCAGUGAACUCAAAGCAUCCAAUACUUAUCAACAUUAUCUAUCUACUCUUUUCCAACCACUAUUUAACCAGCACACCUGACCACAAAACCCUAGAAUCCAAGAGAAACACAAUAUGAACCUCCACACUAUCAUGAGCUCCUCUUUUCUUGUUAUUGUCCUUCACCUCACCUUCUCCAUUUCGACAUGCUUUGCCGACGACGGUCCUCUUCAAGACGUGUGCCCGACUGCACUGCAAGGCGAUCGGUCGCAGAAGCUCUUCAUCAACGGCUUCCCCUGUAAAAACCAUAACAACAUCUCCGCGCCUGAUUUCAAAACUUCUCUACUAAAUCAUGCUGGAGACGUUGACAACUUUUUCCGGUCGUCUGUAACUGUCGUAACCGCAGCAGAAUUUCCAGGCUUAAACACACAAAGCCUAUCGAUGGCUCGGACAGACCUGGCCAUGGACGGGAUGGUACUGCCGCACUCGCACCCGAGAGCAUCGGAAAUGAUGUACGUGGCUCAUGGAACGGUGGUUGCGGGGUUCAUAGAUUCGAACGGUUGGCUUUUCCAGAGGACCAUUGGCGAGGGCGACGUGUUUAUGUUCCCACGGGGGUUGCUGCACUUUUGUGUGAAUGCAGGGUUCGGACUUGCGACCGCCUACUCGGUGUUCAAUAGUCAGAACCCCGGCGUGGCCAGCAUCGCAGGGUCGAUGUUUACGCCGGAGUCCGAGGUUGUUCAGAGGAUGGUGGAGAGGAUGCUGAGACUUAGAGUGAUGGGAAUGGGUGAUGAUGCAGUGGAAAUGUCAUUGUUCGAGUAGUGAGCAGGUUGGGAUUCAUUAAAGCUGGGGAUUUGUACAAUCUUAUGUCUAUUUUACCUGUUUAAACUACUUAACCUCACUGAUCAUCUAUAGAGAACAAAGUAUAGAACAAUGGUCAAUUUUUUCUCUCUUGUUGAAAUGUGAGGAAUAUUUGUACUUUGUUGCAACUACACUACAAUUAUAAUUGCAUGUA